AUGAACAUCAAAUAUCAGAAACUCGUAAAAACCGGCCAAGAACCGGAAUAUAAAGUUAGCCCAUUUUUGGUGAUUUCUUCAAUAGGGGCAGAAAUUAAAAAAAAUAGUAGUUCCAUGCCUUAUGGAACGGCUGUCUUAACAGAUACCGGCUCGGCUUCAAGUCUUAAAAGUCAAGGAAUUAAUUACAUUAUUCACGCCACCCCUAUGCCGGAGGGGGAUAGUCGCGAAAAAUUUGUUGAAGUAGCAGCAAGGACAAUCCAAAAUUCCAUUAUUCUAGCGGAACGAGAGGGAAUUAGUAAAUUAGCAACUUGUUUUUUGGCAGGAAAAAUCUACUUAAAACACCCUAGUUCCAGACCCUAUUUGGCCGAGGGCAUUAUUGAAGCCGCCUUAAAUCAAUUACAAGAAAACUCACUGCAAGAAUCCGACUGCCCGCCAACUAUUAGUAAAACAAGAGUAGAAAAAGGAAAUCUUUGUCAAAAAACCAUUCUUGGAGCAUUAGGAACGGAAGCAAAUAACGUCGACCAACAACGAAAAAGUUUGAUGAAGAAAUUUAACGAGUUGAUAAACGGCCAGCAACAAAAAGACAAUAAUAAAAAACCGAACCAACAAGAGCCAAAUAAAAAUGAUAAACCCAACCCCGGAAAGGAUGAAAAACAACCCUCCGAUGACUCCCAAGAACCUACUCCUGACAAUGGAAAUGGGAACAACGACAAUGGGGGCAAUAAGAAAGACGAUAACCAAGAACCCACCGAUAAAGGUCAAAAAAACUCAAAUGAUACCGACAAAAAUCCUA